UUCCUCCCUAUUGGGAGCAUCCUGAGAAGAUGGAGAAGAAGUUGCAUGCAGUUCCAGCUGCAAAGACUGUCAAAUUUCGAUGUCCUGCUGAUGGAAAUCCAAAGCCAACUCUUCGCUGGUUGAAAAAUGGGAAGGAAUUUAAGCCAGACCACCGAAUUGGUGGGUAUAAGGUGCGAUCUCAGACAUGGAGUAUCAUUAUGGAUUCAGUGGUACCAUCAGAUAAGGGCAAUUACACUUGUGUGGUGGAGAACCCAUAUGGCAGUAUCAGUCAUACCUACCAGCUGGAUGUUGUGGAGAGGUCUCCCCAUCGUCCUAUUUUGCAAGCAGGGCUUCCUGCCAACCAGACGGCAGUUGUGGGCAGCAAUGUGCAGUUCGUAUGCAAGGUUUACAGUGACCCACAACCUCAUAUCCAAUGGCUCAAGGACACAGAAGUGAACGGAAGUAGAUAUGAUGCUGAUGGGCAGCCUUUUGUGAAAGUUGUCAAGACUGCUGGAGUUAACACUACGGACAAAGAAAUGGAAGUCCUCCACUUGCAGAAUGUUACUUUAGAGGAUGCUGGGGAGUACACGUGCUUGGCUGGUAACUCUAUCGGGAUCUCCUAUCAUUCUGCUUGGUUGACUGUUGUCCCAGAUAACCGAGAGAAGCCCAGCGUUGUGCCUUCACCUAUCUUCCUGGAGAUUAUUAUUUACUGCACAGGAGCCUUCCUUAUCUCUUGCAUGGUCAUCACUGUUGUCAUCUUCAAGAUGAAGAGCACCACCAAGAAACCUGACUUCAGCAGCCAGCUGGCUGUCCACAAACUGUCUAAGAAUUUCCCAAUGCACCGACAGGUAACAGUAUCGGCUGAGUCCAGCUCUUCUAUGAAGUCUGGUGUCCUGCUUGUACGACCCUCUCGGCUGUCCUCCAGUGGCACCCCAAUUCUGACUGGGGUAUCAGAGUAUGAAUUAUCAGAAGAUCCACAGUGGGAAUUUCCAAGGAACAAGCUGAUCUUGGGCAAACCACUUGGUGAGGGUUGUUUUGGUCAGGUUGUGAUGGCAGAAGCUAUUGGCCUUGAUAAAGACAAGCCAAACAGAGUGACAAAAGUGGCUGUGAAGAUGUUAAAACCUGAUGCUACGGACAAAGAUCUGUCUGACCUGAUUUCUGAGAUGAUGAUGAUGAAAAUGAUUGGGAAGCAUAAAAACAUUAUCAACUUGCUUGGGGCUUGCACACAGGAUGGUCCCUUAUAUGUGAUUGUGGAGUAUGCAGCUAAAGGCAACUUGCGGGAGUUCCUGCGUGCCCGGCGGCCCCCUGGGAUGGAGUAUUGCUACAAUCCUGGGCACAUUCCUGAUGAGCAGCUGUCAUUCAAGGACUUGGUAUCCUUUGCCUACCAAGUAGCCAGAGGAAUGGAGUACCUUGCCUCAAAGAAGUGUAUCCAUCGAGAUCUGGCUGCUAGAAAUGUCUUAGUAACUGAAGACAAUGUGAUGAAAAUAGCUGAUUUUGGUCUGGCACGUGAUAUACACCAGAUUGAUUACUACAAAAAAACAACAAAUGGAAGACUACCAGUGAAGUGGAUGGCCCCAGAAGCACUGUUUGAUAGAAUAUAUACUCAUCAAAGCGAUGUGUGGUCCUUUGGGGUGUUGCUUUGGGAGAUCUUCACACUUGGUGGCUCUCCCUACCCUGGCGUUCCAGUGGAAGAGCUGUUUAAACUCCUGAAGGAGGGUCAUCGUAUGGAAAAACCAAGUGGCUGUACAAAUGAACUAUAUAUGAUGAUAAGAGAUUGUUGGCAUGCUGUUCCAUCCCAGAGGCCCACCUUCAAGCAGUUAGUAGAAGACCUUGACAGAAUUCUUGCCUUAACCUCUAAUCAGGAAUAUUUGGAUUUGUCUGUGCAGCUUGAUCAGUACUCAUCCAGUUUACCAGAUACUCGCAGUUCCACAUGCUCUUCGGGUGAGGACUCUGUUUUCUCCCAUGAGCCUCUUCCAGAUGAACCUUGUCUUCCCAAGUACCCACCACAUCAUGCCAUUGGAGGUUUUAAGAAACGCUGACAUAGUCUUUACCUUCUACCACUUUUCUGUUUGUGACCAUCUGUUGAUAUCCUAGGGCUUGUACGAGUGAAUGGGGAAGAACAGUCCUGUCCUGAUGGAGAUCAGAAACAGUUUAGUCCUACCACAAAGCAUUGGGACAGUACUACUGCCUGUCUUGUGUCAUCCAGAAUCAACUACACAGCAUGCCAGCACUCCAGGCAUUAAUUUUUAAAUGUUGCUUUGAGAUGAAUCGCCAACCAGUCUUGUGACCAGAGCAGCACAAGAGGAAAAAGAUGAGUACAAUGCGACUGCUUCAGGAAUGAUGCCGAAUGAAUGGUAUCUUUGAAAAAAGGAAAAACACUGGGACCAGAAAAAUGGCUGAACUCUGCCCACUAAAACUUUAAAAUGAAGGCCUCUGAUUCAGUGUACUCAGAAGAGUAAACUUUGGGACCAGAAAAAAAGUCCUGCUGGAAUUGUUAGCUUUUUCUAUAAACUGUUGAGGUUAAGUAUAUUUGUCAGAUGUGUUCAGAUUUGUUGAAAGCCAGCUGUUUCACUGACCAGUUGCAACAUGCCCUUAAAUGGCCUGAAACGUGAUGUUUUACUAUGUUAAAAGAUUUAUUUUAAGCACGGAAUAGAUAAAGCAGACAGAUUUUAUCAGUGCUGAAAACAUGUAUAUAAAGCUAGACAUUGUAUAAAUAUGAAAUAUAUAUUUACAUGUUUUUAUAUGGUUGUUCCAGUUAUUUUUGGACAGUACUAAUGACUGGUUGUUAACUUGUUGGGGAAAAUAUUUUGAUAUUUUUGUGCUGAUUAAAUUUUACCCGUA